AAACAUUUUAAACAAUCAAAGAACGUCGCUCGUUCCGAUCGUGUGUGCUUAAAUUAAAUACUAAACAAAAAACGCCCGCCCGCCGGUGGAACUUUCAACGAAUUUUAAGGAACUCGAAAAAGGAUUACAAUUCAUACGAGAUUUUAACAAAAUAAAAAUAAACAAAAAGGAUACCUGUCAAGAAAUACACAUCCUAGUGAAUUUAUAGAAAAAUUUUUAAAAAAUGGCACGGUGUAAACUCAUACCACUAGCAAUGCUGCUAGUGUUGCAUGCAGCAUUUGGUGAUGUCGCCUCAAAUAUAUUCCUCAAUGGCGCCUACAAGAACUCGAUUGAUUCGCAUCCAGUAUCUUCGGAAUAUCAAAGUUCAAUAAGUAAAAAUAUUUUCCUGGAACAUGCAAUCUUCAGUAGACAAGCCCAGCCAUUCAGUGCCCCGAAAUACUUGCCUCCCAAAGAGUACAUCAAGUGCGGUGGUGGACAACAGUGUGUUAAGAAAAAUGUGUGCCAAGGAGGAUACUUUACUAAUAAUCCAAAUGGUUAUAUUCAGAACUGUGAACCAGAGACUGAUGUUUGUUGUACAUACCGUGCACCACCAACAACAACGACAACCACCCAACGUCCAUCGGUACCUUGUUCAGGAGAUUCCGAUUGUGUCGCACCAAGUCAAUGUACUCGAGGAACAAUAAAUGUUUCAAACUAUGCUAAGACAUCAUCGGCUAAUCGUUGUUAUGCGCCUGAAGUGUGCUGUCGUUUACCUGCUACUGCUUUGACUCCAGAUGGUUAUGUUUUGACUGUGCCUGAUGUUCCAUUCCCACAACCACAGCCAUCAAUCCAAAGACCUCAAACAUAUCAGCCUCCAAAGCAACCCACUUAUCAGCCACCAGCACCAAAACCAACAAGCUACAUUCCACCUGCACCACCAGCUAAACCCUCUUACCAGCCCCCAGUUCAACCCUCAUACCAACCACCUGUUCAACCCUCAUACCAGCCACCAGCACGUCCAACCUAUCAACCACCAAAACAACCCAGCUACAUUCCACCAGCUCCACCAGCAACUCCCUCUUACCAACCUCCUGUGAGGCCAUCAUACCAACCACCAGCACCUAAGCCACCAACCUACAGUCCACCUGCACCACCAGCAACACUUCCAUCUUAUCAGCCACCUGCAAGACCAUCAUACCAACCACCAUCACAAGCACCCACUUACAUUCCACCCGCACCACCAGCAACUCCAUCCUAUCAGCCACCCGCAAGGCCAUCAUACCAACCCCCAGCAGCACCAACAUACCAACCACCCAGGCCUCAACGCCCACAAUACCUUCCACCAUCCCCACCAGCUGCUCCAGCUUACAAGCCCCCAACUUACAAUCCUGCACCAUCAUCACUUUCACCAGCUUACCAGCCACCAACCCCACAAGCCCCUCAGACACCACGCCCUCAACAACCCCGUCCACAACCACCAAGUGUUCAACCACCCCGUCCACAACCUCAACGUCCUCAGCCUAGUCCACCAACCGGAUAUCUUCCACCAAGGCAACCAACCCAACAACCUAAUCAACCCAAUUUAGUUGGCAGCCCAUCAAAUGAAGUUCCACUACGAGGUGAAGACAUCCUGUCAGAGCCUAUUUACCCCUCAAGGAAACCUCCAGUGUUCGGAGACAACCUUUCGCCAUUCGCUCCACAAAAGUGUGCUGCAGCUCUCGUCUGCACAGAUGUCAACUACUGUGACAGCCAAGGAACCAUUACCAGCUCUCCAUCCAAUCUAUCACCUCAACAGAGUGCAUUCCGUGCACCCUUGUCUGAUUGUACUAUCGAAGGAACAGGAGCCCCAGGAAAGUGCUGCCGAGACUCAAACUACGUCGACCCAUGGCCCGUGAAUCCAACAGGACAGUGUGCUACAAGAAAUAAGAACACAAAACCACGUGGUGUAACAGACGAAGAUACUUCAUUUGCUGAGAUCCCAUGGCAAGCAAUGGUCCUCAAGGAAUCAACAAAGUCACUCCUUUGCGGUGGUGCUAUCAUUGGUUACGGAAUGGUUUUGACUACUGCUUCAUGUUUAGCUGGUGAGCCAACUAAGGAUAUUCUCGUUAAGGCUGGAGAAUGGCAAUUGGGUAGCGAUGAUGAACCCCUUCCAUUCCAGCUGGUACGUGCUUCUGAAGUCGAGUUUCAUCCCGAAUACGAUGCAGCUUCUGGAGCAAAUAACCUGGCCGUCAUUCUCUUGGAGAAGAACCUUCAAACUGCCAUUCACAUCAAUCCUAUUUGCAUCAGCGACAAGGAUCCUAGCGCUUCGGAAAGAUGUAUUGUUACAGGAUGGGGCAAGGAUGCACUAAGAAUUCACCAACAAGGAGCCCUUAUGCACCAAACCCCAGCUGAUGCCGUGAGUCGCAGUGAGUGUGGAGCCAGCUCAACACAGGUGUGUGCAAGGACAAAGUACGACGCAUGCGGUGUUGACUACGGUAGCGCCCUGGCCUGUGGCACAGGCGACAGCUACACCCUCAAGGGUAUCUUCACAUCCGAAGACCAGUGCGGCAGCUCAGUGGCAACCUUCACAAAACCAGACAUCAAAUGGAUCAACACUGCCUUCAACUCCAACAAUCGCGCCCUCACCCUCGGCUAGAUUUUAAGCUCUCUCUCCCUCUCAAGCUAAGCUAAUUUUAAAAACAAAUUAGAAUUCGGUACCUUGGUGCAAUUUCAAAUCCUAUUUUGAUGUAAAAAUUGAUAAUUUUGUUUUGUGUUAUUAUUUUUUGUGUGAAACAAAUCAAAAACAAACAACAAAACUUACAACUCAUAUACAAACGAAUACUGUCAUUAGAUGUUUAGUUUAAUUUAAUUUAAGUUUAAGUUUUUUCGUAUAAGAUAUUUCGUAUUUUUAAAUUUAUAAAACUUCUACCUUCUUCUAGCUCUUACCUGUAAUUUACGAGUACUUGCGAGUAUACCCUUAAAAUUGUAGAAUCGUAGAAUCUCAUAAGUCUACUUUUAAAUUCUAUGGCGGCGACUCUUUCGCUUUGUUUUGUAUAUUCCUGCUAUUUAUGAUUUUUGUUAAUAUUAUUAUUAUAUUAAUUUUUUAGUUCGAUUUUAUUUUUUUGUUUUUGUUUUGAUUUUUAUAUAUUUAUAAACCAUUUUGUCAUAAUUUUUUUAAUUUUAUUUUCCAUCACACAUUUAUUAUAAUUAUGUCCUAAAUGUCAUGUUUAUUGAUUUUUUUUGUAAUUAAACAAAAAACAACAACAAAUAAUGGGAACAAAAAAUUGUUAGUUUUACUUAAUUUUUUUACUAAAAUGCGCAAAAGUAUCAUCGUCGUCUCUUUUUGGAAUUGGAAAAGAGAAGAUGCUCUUCUUCUUUUUUUAAGAGAAAAAAAUAAUAGCAAAAGAGAAAAUUAUGAAAGCAGCGCUUUUAAGUGUAGAUACGUUGUUUUGUCAGUAGACCUUUUUUGUAUAAGAGAUUCUGUCACUGAGUGUGUAAAAUAGUAAUUUUUGUUCUAUUUAAUAAAAAAAUAUUUUUUACAAAAUAUAAA